AUGUGCUUCGAAGACUUCGCCUACUGCAAAUACUGCGACUACACAGUCCAGCAGAAAGAAUUCUGCCGCGGAUACCGCCUCGAAUGGGCCCAAGUCCUAAUCGGCCAAUCCAACAAGACGUCGAAGCAGAUCGAAGACGAAUGCAAGAAAUACGUAAACUGCAUCUUCUUCUAUUAUCUUGGAGAAUGUCCCAGAUGCUCGAACCCGCCGCCGCUGGACCGAAUCCACGAACAAAUCUCCUGGGCCUUUAAGAGUCCCAAGGAAUUCACGGGAGAGGUCCCUAAAAAGUAUGACGUGAUUCAGGGUGAAGUUUGCUCUUGUGGGUGUUAUCAGCGGGAGAUCAAGAAGUAA